AUGUCAAGUGCAUGCUUCAGCGGGGAGAAAACCAUGGCACAGCUGAAUGAUGAGUGGGUGGACCAGAUGUUGGACCUCUACCACAAUGGCGUUGACGUUGGGAAGGGCAACAAGGAGACAUUCUAUUUCUACUGGCUCGGAUGCAAAGGAGAUUGGAAAUACCUCAAGGCCGACACUUGGCUUCCUACAUUGUCUUGGGGUAAGCUGGACGAUUGCAUUUACAAUGCGUACGCUGUCUACAUGGAGUACUGCCACACCAAUCGAAAGAAGUCUGCUUGCAGACCCUGGACCUCAAAGCUAGCGUUUGACAUGAGUAAGGAGUUUGAAGACAUCGACCUGAAGAUUCUACACUUCACUGCCAACAAGAUCAACCGUUUUUUUCGCUUGCUGCAUGACUGUGGGUUUUGGCUGAGUGAAGGUGAACGUGCAGAGGUGACGCUCUGUGGAGAAUUGUUUCUUGAAGGGUUUUGCACUUUGGCAGCAAGAGCUGCCAAAGAGAAGUUGCUUCUGUUCAAGCUGCGCCCCAAACUCCACAUGUUUGCUGAACUGAUUCUCCAAUUGAAGCGUGGUGACCGAGAAGCCCCAAACAUUCUGACAACAAGUUGCUGGCAAGAUGAGGAUUUCAUCGGUGUUGUCAGCCAAACUUCUCGUACUGUUCACAGAGCAGCUACAGGGCUUAGCUGUUCAUUGAGGACCUUGCAAAAAUGUCUUGGUCGCUACAAACUGCAGUUCGCCCGGUGCGGUUAG